UUGGAAUUUAAGUCCCAAUUCCCUCAACUUUUCGAAAAAUUAAGUAUGCCCAAAUUAAGUAAAUACACCAGUGAAAUUUGGAAAACUCUACCAACGGAAGUGAAAUCUACAUAUUCAGAGUUGACAGCGGAAGUAAUGUCAAUUCAUAGUGAAUUAUAUCCAGACUAUGCAUGCAAACCUCAUAAAAAAUUUAUAGCUGUUUUCAAAAAGGGAAAUUCGUGA